GCGAUAUUUAAGUGUUACAUAUAUAUAUAUAUAUAUAUAUCUUACUAGAAAGUAGAAAGAACAUUUGUGUUGCAGAAUCAGUAUCUGCGAUUUCACAGGAACAAUGUCAAGUCAUCUCGUUCAACAACGCCUCAACAAUCAAAAUGAGAAUUCCAACAUCAUUCGGAACAAAAUGAUGAAUACUGAAAUAAGAAAGAACUCUAAGUUGCCUUUAGGAAAACGUGGAUCAGUGUUAGGAAGCCGUAAAGCACUUGGUGAUAUUACAAACAAACCAAGCAUUCAUAAAGAAGCAUCAACUCAGAAAAAGCAUUUACCCAAGCAGGAGUUCAGUAUUCUAGAAGAGAAGUUUUUGCAUGACCACAACAAGUGUAUCGAGUCACAAAAAGCAAUGUCAGAAUCGGCGUUUUUGGACAUAGUUCUUCCUGGACGUGGUCCUGUGCUUUCGGAAUUUCCGGUAUCUGAUUCAGCAAAGAUUGAUCAUGACAGCUUUGCUUGUUACCCAAAAAUUGAAGAAUUGCCAAUGCCUGACUUCUAUGAUUGGUUAGGGUCUACACCUCGACCGGACUCUCCAUUGCAUCUAGAUUCUCCUCCAUGUUCCCCUCGGUCUUGGAUAUAUGAAGAAGUUGAAUACCGAUUGAAGACUGAAAGUGAUGAGUGAAUUGGGUUUCCUACUGUUUCAUUCUGAUAUGAUAUGGAUCAUGAAAUACCUGCUCUUGAAGAUGACCCUUGUAGCAGUUGGUCUUUGAUGUGUUGCUAACUCUUUUAUUUUAUCAAUGCUGUAACUUUGUAGUCUUAAAUUUGGCCUUCAGAUAUUAGAUUAGGUCUAGCUUUAAGCAACAUAGAGGCUAUAACUGGUCAACUCCAUUGUUGCUGACUUGCUGAUUGGUCUUGUAUGGACCGGUCUUUAGAUAUUAGAUUAAGUCUAGCUUUAAUAAAUUGUGACACUUUCCGAAUUCAUUUUCUA